AUGGGAAUAUUUCAUCAGCAACCUAAUUAUAAUCAAUCAUACUCAAAAGGAAAACGCGGCAUUACUGGCCCUCAAGGACCUCCUGGCCCACCUGGCCCCGCUGGUGCUCAGGGUAACCAAGGUCCAAAAGGUGAACAGGGUAUUCAAGGACCCAAAGGUGAUCAAGGUGCUACUGGUCCUACUGGCCCUAAAGGUGCUACUGGUGCAUCAGGCACUGGUUUUAGUCUCACAUCAAGGGGGGAUUAUAAUAUGUUAGGUAAACAAAUAAAAGGUAUGGCUCAAGGAACUAGUUUUACUGACGCUGUAAGAAAAAGUCAACUGGAUACUAAACUAUCACCUUCUGGUGGAAUAAUGACCGGCAAUUUGGAUAUGAACAGCAAAAGGAUAUACAAUGUAGCACAACCAAAUGGUGAUAAUCAACCAGCUACAAAGAUAUGGUCAGAAAAUAAAUUCCUGGAUAAGUCCAGUGGAGUAAUGGCGGGACCACUAAAGAUGUCCAAUAAUAAAAUCACUAAUGUUGCCAAACCAACUGAUGAUAAAGAUGGCGUUAAUAAGAAAUACAUAGAUGAUAAUUAUUUGAAACUGUCCGGUGGCACUAUGACUGGUCAUAUAAUAUUAAACAAUGUUGUUCUUACUUCACAAUAUCAAGCAAUAAGCCGAAGCACUGGUAAUGCAUUUUUUGUACAAAUUACUAAUCCGUAUGUU